AUGCCACCACUGGGAAUGGCGUUACGUUGGAAGGCUGGCGACGAGGAAAAAGGAGAUGCAAUCGCCGUGUCUAGUGGAGUGCCGGUAGACACGAGGCAGAUCAGCAAGAAUAUCUCGCAUGCAAGUCGCAGAUCCAUUGACCCCGCAUCUGCCAUUCCAAUAGAAUAUCGCAGUUUGUCUUUUGAAAUCGAAGACAGCACAGAAAGAAAACGAAAAGUCAAACUUGACGGCAAGAGAGAAAAAGCGGCUGAAGAUUGGGAAAAUGCUGAUUGGCAUACAAUCUCCGCCGAAGAGGUUCAAAAACGACUCGGUGUCGACGCAUCAACUGGUUUAUCAUCGAGUAAAGCAGAUGAACGACUUCGAAAAUAUGGAAGGAACAAAAUCUCCCCAUUGCCGAAUCCGUGGUUCUGGAAGAUUGUUGGUUACUUCUUCAAAGGAUUCGGAUCUAUCCUGCUCAUCGGCGGAAUUCUAGUCUUCAUAUCUUGGAAGCCGUUGGGUGAUCCUCCGGCUGUUGCCAACCUUGCCCUUGGGAUAGUGCUUCUUGCAGUCUUUUUUAUCCAAGCAGCUUUCAAUGGCUGGCAAGAUUGGUCUUCUUCGAGAGUUAUGGCAUCUAUCACCGCCAUGCUGCCCGAAUCGUGCCAGCUUCUGCGUGAUGCUUGUCGGGUUGAAGUCAGCGCCACCGAUAUUGUGCCUGGUGACGCCGUAUUUGUCAAGGCUGGAAGUAAAAUCCCCGCUGAUUUGAGGUUUAUUGAAGUUUCUCAUGACUUCACUUUGGACCGAUCUAUUGUGACUGGCGAAUCGAACCCCAUCAAAGGGAGUCCCGACUCAACCUCCGACAACUAUCUUGAAACAAGAUGUAUUGGUCUUCAAGGAACUCACUGUGUUUCUGGCAAUGCGACUGGUCUGGUUGUAGCGACUGGUGACUCCACAGUUUUUGGCCGGAUUGCCAAACUGGCAGGAGAGCCAGAGACUGGCUUGACCACUAUCGAAAAGGAGGUCCUCCGAUUUGUCGUCUUGAUCUUCGUCAUAAUGGUGACCUGGAUUGUCAUUCUUGCGAGUGUUUGGGGCGGGUGGCUUCGCAAAGCGCAUCCGGACUAUAUCAACGUCGCGGCACUCAUCGUCGACUGCGUGAGUGUGGCGAUUGCCUACAUUCCAGAGGGUCUGCCGAUCGCUGUGACAGCUAGUUUGACGAUCACCGCAAAUUUGAUGAAGAAAAAUAAAGUUCUCUGCAAGUCUCUCAAGACAGUCGAGACUCUAGGGUCAGUGUCAGUUAUUUGCACCGAUAAAACAGGAACUCUCACCAGGAACCGGAUGUCGGUCACAGAUCACUCUGUGUAUACAACAGCCUUCAACGUCUCCCAAGUAGAAGAAAAGAUACCAGAAAAGACGGGUGAACCCGCCAUUCAGCAGAUUCGAGCACUUGCUGCUAUUUGCAACGCUGGAGAGUUCGAUACCGCCUCGGCAAGCUUACAACUCCACGACCGGCGGAUCUUCGGAGAUGCUACAGAUCAGGCAAUACUCAGGUUCUCCCAAGGUCUGGGGUCCGUCUCCGAAGUCCGGCAAGAUUGGAAAACGUGCUUUGAUCUGGCUUUUGAUAGCAAGAACAAGUUCAUGAUCAAGGCCUUGACUGCCCUGAGUCUUGAAAGUCCCAAGAAAUGGCUAUCCACAGCGGAGACCACGAGCUUUAAUAUAGAAAAUAUCCUUUUAACUGUCAAAGGCGCCCCAGAUAUUUUGAUCGAUAGAUGCACGCAGAUUAUUGGCCCUGAUGGUGAGCCAAAGCCAUUCACGGAAGAGACAUGCGCAGCGGUCAAACAAUUGAAAGAUAACUGGUCUUCGGAUGGCAAACGAGUCAUUCUUCUUGCGCGCAAAGUGAUUUCAAGGCCCACCGUUAUGGCCGAUCCACAGUCUACGGAAUACGAAACCCAGAUGCUGCGAGAAGCAAAGGCUGAUCUGACGCUUGUUGGCCUCCUGGGUAUGAUUGAUCCACCAAGACCCGAGAUCCCUGAAGUGAUGCGAACCCUGCGUGGCGCACAUAUUCGAGUCUUCAUGGUGACUGGUGACUUCGGUCUAACUGCCCUGGCAAUCGCCCGCCAAUGUGGCAUCGUUACAACACAGUCCAUCCACGAUGCAUCAUCUCUUGAACGAUUCCCAAGUACAAAUGAGAAGCAGCAAAGUUCAUCCAAUUCCGCAUUGCUUGUCAGUGGAACCGAUCUCAUGAGUCUAAACGCGCAUCAAUGGGAACAGCUCUGUCAAUACCCCGAAAUCGUCUUUUCCCGCACAACGCCAAACCAAAAGAUGCGAAUCGUCCGAGAGCUACAAGCAAGAGAACAAAUUGUCGCCAUGACUGGUGACGGUGUCAAUGAUGCUCCGGCUUUGAAAGCUGCAGAUAUUGGAAUUAGUCUCGCAAGUGGUUCUGACAUUGCCAUUGAGGCGGCCGAUAUGGUUUUGCUGGAUUCUUUCGCGGCGAUCGUUGAAGCCGUCCGCUAUGGUCGGGUUGUCUUUGAUAACUUGAAGAAAACAAUUGCGUAUCUGCUCCCGGCAGGCUCAUUCUCUGAGUUUUGGCCGGUGUUUACCAAUCUCAUCUUCGGUAUUCCUCAAAUUUUGUCUUCGUUCUUGAUGAUCAUCAUUUGUUGCUUUACAGAUUGUGCUGCUGCUAUAGCCCUGGCAUAUGAAACCCCAGAGGCAGAUGUCCUGCUUCGCCCACCCCGUCAUCCUACCAAGACCCGAUUGGUCGAUUGGAAGUUAAUGUUCCACUCAUAUGCCUUUAUUGGACUGAUUGAGACUGUCUGCUCUUUCACAAUGGCAUUUUGGUAUCUCGAACGAAACGGAAUUCCCUUCUCUGACCUGUGGUUCAAAUUCGGUGAACUCCCACCAGGAGUUGACGAAGAUUACUACACUGCCCGUGUGAAUGAAGCCAGCUCCAUUUACUUCAUCAACCUUGUUAUCAUGCAAUGGUUUAAUUUGAUGGCAGUGCGUACUCGUCAUCACUCGAUUUUCCAGCACCCGCCCGCGUUCAACAAACUCACUCAAAAUCUCUCUCUCUUUCCCGCUAUGGCCUUUGGUUUGGGAAUCGCUGUGAUCUGGCUCUACAUCCCAAGUCUACAGACUGUUCUCAGCACAUCGGGCAUCCCGGCUGAACAUUAUUUCCUUCCGGCUGCUCUGGGGCUUGGGCUUCUGUGUCUAGAUGAAGGGAGGAAGGCGGCUGUUCGACGCUGGCCUGGUGGAACUUUGGCUAAAAUGGCUUGGUGA